AUGGACGUCGACACACCCCAGUUCAACCCUGCGAAGCGGAGAAAGUUCAUGCGCCGACGUGCUGACGAUACGAGGGCCGAAGACGAAGGCGAGGCGAAGGCAUCAACACUGGUCGCGUCGAAUACAUCAACGUCGCCGGCUCAAGAUGACGCAGAGACAGACGAUACAGGUGUCGCUGAUAUAGUGCGACCUCGCAAGCUGCACAGAGCACGCAGAGGCGGCAUAGAAUUCUCCACGUCUCGCUCGUCGCGGAGUGAAGCUCUUGUGCCGGCUGCUGAGGCUGCGGCCGACGGUCGAUUAAGCGGUAUAUCAGAUCGGUUCGUCGGACAUUCAGGCCAAAAGGUGGACGUUGACAAGCACAUUAUAAGGAUGGCGUUUAUAGAAGCUGAAAUGGCUAAACGUCGCCAUGGGACGUUACCGUCGGAGACAACUGAUCCUACCAAUCCUACGGAUAACGAAUCACGGCGAACGGCGGAACAUCCGUCUGCAGAGCUGCUGCUUACCCAGAGGCAGCCGGCGACUCUAGGCAAAUUACACGAGAUUGAUCUUGGACCAGACUCGAAGCUCCAGAACAUUGCGAGGACAGAGGCUGCGACCAGGAACCUUGCCAAGGGUGAUUCCGCGCCUCCCGAAGACGAGGACAUGCUUAAUAAAGGCAAGCAGAGUCGCAGUGGUCGGAGGAGGCGCAAUAGCGAAGAUAUAAUGCGCGAUCGGCUGGUAGAAGAAGUCCUGCGCGAAAGCAAACUCGAUGUCUAUGAAGAACCCCAGAGGCUGUCGAUUGAAGACGAUCAGGCUGCAGAUGAUCGAAUCGCAGAUCAGUUCCGUAGAGAUUUCCUAGACGCCAUUCACUCAAGAAGACGCGGAGCUCGUACCCGAAAUACCAAAACAACCAAGACGGACGCACCACGUGGACCGAAACUUGGUGGAAGUCGUAGCGCAAGGGCAGCCAUGCGAGAGCAGCAGAGCAAGGCUCAGAAGUAG